AUGUGGGACCAGACAGACCCUGACCUCGACGACCCGUUGCAUAAUCCGGACCCGAAACGGGAUGCGUCGUCGUUCACGAUCUUCUCAGCCCGUGGGUGGGCCAACGUCGGGUUUCUGGUCAUCAUUCUCGCUGGGUUGAUCACUCUCUUCGCCGGCUACCCGAUCAUUGUGGCGACGACGGGGAAGGGGCAGAGUACGCUGGGGGGAAGUAAUAUCGGAGGGACGAACUCGAGCGGACAGGUGCCUUCGUUCCCGGGCAUGCCGACGCUUAUCGACGACGAUACGGACGAGAGCGUGUAUACGAGGACCGGGUCCGAUGGGAAGAAGUAUAAUUUGGUGUUUAGUGACGAGUUCAAUACGGAUGGAAGGACGUUUUGGGAAGGCGACGACCCGUUCUGGGAGGCUAUGGAUUUCAACUACUGGCCCACCGGCGAUCUGGAGUGGUAUGAUCCUCAGGCCAUCACAACGAAGGACGGGAAGCUCGUGAUUACCAUGACCGAACAAAACACACACAAUCUCAACUUCCAAAGUGGCAUGUUACAAUCAUGGAACAAGCUAUGCUUCACAACAGGCUACGUCGAAGUGUCCGUGAGCUUGCCUGGUUCUCACAAUUCCCCGGGUUUCUGGCCAGGUAUCUGGACUAUGGGUAACUUGGGCCGCGCUGGAUACGGUGCCACAACCGAAGGCAUGUGGCCCUACUCCUACGACACCUGCGACCUCGGCACCUUCCCCAACCAAACCAACCCAGACGGAACGACCCCCGCCGCCGCCCUCACCGGCUCAACCUGGGGCACCGAACUCUCCUACCUCCCCGGCCAACGCACCUCCGCCUGCACCUGUUCCGGCGAAGACCACCCCGGACCAUCGAACUCCCGCGGGCGCUCAGCCCCAGAGAUCGAUAUCAUCGAGGCGCAGAUCGACGUCGACGUGAUGCGCGGCCAAGUCUCGCAGUCGCUGCAAGUCGCGCCGUUCAAUUAUUUGUACGAAUUCGAUAACGAUACGUCUGUGUCGCCGAUCUACGACGAUAGCAUCACUUCGUUGAAUUCGUAUAAGGGCGGGCAGUGGCAGCAGGCGGUGUCGGCGCUGACGUAUAUCGACGAGGACGUGUAUAAUGAUGAGAAUUAUGCGACGUAUGGGGUCGAGUAUUGGAGUAAUCGGGAUAAUAGGGACGAGGGGUAUAUUACGUGGUAUUCGCAGGGGACGCCGAGUUGGAAGGUCACGGCGGGGUCGAUUGGGGCGGAUUCGGAGGUGGAGAUUUCGGAGAGGUUGAUUCCGGAGGAGCCGAUGUAUCUGGUUAUCAACUUUGGUAUCUCGCCUUCGUUCCAAGCCGCGGAUUACAAACAUCUCGUCUUCCCAAGUGAAAUGCGGAUCGACUACGUCAGGGUCUAUCAACGUGCAGACGUCGAGGACGGACUGUCGUGCGACCCGCCGAAUUACCCUACGGCUGAUUAUAUCAAUGAUCAUAUCGAGGCGUAUAGUAACCCGAAUCUGACGACGUGGGCCGAGGCCGGGUUCUCCUUCCCGAAGAACUCGAUGUACGAUGGGUGUUAA